CUGUUUCCUUUCUGCAUCGCGUCCUAAAAAUUCGGAACAUUUCUGAAUUUCUUCCAAUAAAAUUGCUAAAAUGUCUCAAGACCCACCCAAAAAGCGAAAAUUAUCCACUGAAAAUGGCACAGAUUCAAACGGACCAUCAGCGAAAACAUUGCACAUACAGUGCCCUUAUUUAGAUACAAUCAACAGGCAUGUUCUAGAUUUUGAUUUUGAGAAGCUAUGUUCUGUUUCAUUGACUAGGAUCAACGUUUACGCUUGCCUAGUUUGUGGGAAGUAUUUUCAGGGUCGAGGUACGAAUACUCAUGCCUACACCCAUUCCGUGGCUGAUGGCCAUCAUGUAUUUCUCAAUUUACACACUCUGAAGUUUUAUUGUCUUCCUGACAACUAUGAGGUUAUUGAUUCAUCGCUCAAUGACAUAAAAUAUGUUCUGAACCCAAUCUUCAGUACUGAGCAGAUCAGGCAGUUAGAUACGGACACUAAGAUGUCAAGAGCCAUCGACGGCACCAUGUACAUGCCGGGCAUUGUAGGCCUCAACAACAUAAAGGCCAAUGAUUACUGCAAUGUCAUUUUACAGUGCUUAUCCCAAGUACGGCCACUCAGAAACUACUUUUUGCGUGAAGAGAACUACGCGAACGUAAAGAGGCCUCCUGGUGACUCCAUGUUCUUGCUGGUGCAGCGGUUUGGAGAGCUGCUCAGGAAGCUGUGGAACCCUCGAGCUUUCAAAGCUCAUGUGUCCCCUCAUGAGAUGUUACAGGCUGUUGUGUUGUGGUCGAAGAAAAGGUUUCAGUUUAUAAAACAAAGUGAUCCUAUUGACUUCUUGUCAUGGUUUCUCAACACAUUGCACAUGGCAUUGAAUGGAACAAAGAAAGCCAACAGCUCAAUAAUCUACAAAUCAUUCCUUGGCCACAUGAGAAUAUACACAAGAAAAUUACCGCCUCCUGAUGCUGAUGAUGCUGCCAAAGUAGAUCUAAGCAGUGAAGAGUACAGCGAAAUGAUUACUGAGUCGCCAUUCCUGUACCUGACAUGUGACUUACCUCCGACUCCUCUCUUCACAGAUGAGUUCAGAGAAAACAUCAUUCCUCAAGUAAACCUGUACCAAUUGCUUUCAAAGUUCAAUGGGCAAUCGUCAAAGGAAUACAAAACAUACAAGGAGAAUUUCUUAAAACGUUUUGAAAUAACGCAACUACCGCCGUAUUUGAUACUGUACAUAAAGAGAUUUACGAAAAACACUUUCUUCGUUGAAAAGAACCCAACUGUUGUGAAUUUUCCAGUAAAAAACGUUGAUUUCGGCGACAUCUUGACGCCCGAAGUUAAGGCGAAACAUAACGGAAAGACAACAUAUGAGCUGGUUGGCAACAUAGUACACGAUGGAUCCCCAGAGAAAGGCACAUACAGGGCUCAUGUUCUUCACAAACCUACACAGCAAUGGUAUGAAAUGCAAGAUUUGCACGUUACCAGUAUACUUCCACAAAUGAUUACACUUACAGAAGCAUACAUCCAAAUAUACGAGUUAAAGCAGGACUGAAUUGUGUGCAUUUUAAUUUUAAUGUAUUGUAAGAGUCAAGUGAUAAAUAAAAUGAAAUAAUGUCGCUA